AUGUCGAACAAGCAAGGAAAGAUGGCUGGUUACAUUAACUGGCGGAUGCGGGUUACCCUCAACGAUGGCAGGGCAAUGACCGGUCAGAUGCUUGCCUUUGACAAGCACAUGAACCUCGUCCUUGCCGACACCGAAGAGUUCCGACGCGUCAAGCGCAAGCAGAACAAGCCGGCUGCCCCUGGCGCGAGCGGUUCCGCGACGCAAACCAUCGAGUCGGAGGAGAAGCGAACUCUGGGUCUCACGAUCGUCCGAGGCGCUCACAUCAUCUCCCUCUCCGUCGAGUCGCCUCCCCCCGCCGACCCUAGCGCUCGACUUGGAAAGAGUGCCCCUGGUGGAAUCUCUUCUGCCCUGGCGGCUGGUCCUGGUGUCGCUCGCCCUGCUGGCAGAGGAGCUGCCCCUCCUUCUUUGGCCGGCCCUGCUGCCGGUGUUGGUGGUGCUCCCCCUCCUGGCUUCCCUGGCUUCCCCGGUGGCCCUGGUUUCCCAGGUGGUCGAGGUGCGCCCCCUCCUGGAUUCCCUGGAAACUUCCCUCCCCCUCCAGCUGGAUUCCCCGGAAACCCUCAGUUCCCGCCUCCCGGCUUCAACCCUGGCGGUCCCCCUCCUCCUGGGUUCCAGCCCUCUUCGCGAAGAUAG